CGGCGGGAGGCGCCGCGCUGCGCCCCGCCGCCCCGUGCUAGGCGGCGCCCGGCGUGGCCCCGCGCCCCUGGGCGGAGGGCGGCGGGGGCGCCGCGGAGGGCUUUCCGCGCCCGCCCCGCCUGCCGCGGCCGGGGGAUUAGUCAGCAGUCUCCGGGCAGCCCCGCUCCCGCGCAAACUCCGCGGCGGGGGCGGGGAGCGCUGAGCGGCGGCUGCCCCUUCCCCAUCCCGCGGCGAGGGGCGGCGGGGCCGCGGCGGCGGGGCUGCCCCCCGCGGCGGUCCGCGCCGCCGCUCCGCGGCCGCGGCGAGGAGCGGAGGGUUGGCAAGUCAGGCAACGAGGCGCAGGGAAACUCCGCUCGGGUACGGCGCCGUUGCUGGAGGACGAGAGCCCGAGCCGCCCCGCGCAGGCAGACCGGCGGGCAGGCGCGCACACACAAACCGCACGCACACACACACGCGCGGCGGCGGCCCCCGGCCCCCCGCAGCCGCGGCCGGCGGGGAGGCGGCGCCCGGCGGGGGCUGCCCCAUGGUCUUGCGGGGGCCGUGGGGGAGCUGCGGGGGCCCCGGCGCGGCGCUCGCCUUCCUGCGCGCCCUCCGCACUAGGAUGUUGCGGCAGGUCUUGCACAGGGGGCUGGGGACGUCCUUCUCCCGGCUCGGCCACUUCGUCGCCAGCCACCCGGUGUUCUUCGCCUCGGCGCCCGUGCUCAUCUCCAUCCUGCUGGGCGCCAGCUUCAGCCGCUACCAGGUGGAGGAGAGCGUGGAGCACCUCCUGGCCCCCACGCACAGCCUGGCCAAGAUCGAGAGGAACCUGGUGGACAGCCUCUUCCCGGUGAACCGCUCCAAGCACCGGCUCUACUCCGACCUGCAGACGCCGGGGAGGUACGGCAGGGUGAUCAUCACCUCCUUCCGCAAGGCCAACAUGCUGGACCAGCACCACACCGAUCUCAUCCUUAAGUUGCACUCUGCUGUGACCAGGAUCCAAGUUCAAAGACCUGGUUUCAAUUACACGUUUGCCCAUAUAUGUAUCCUGAACAAUGACAAGACAUGCAUAGUGGACGACAUAGUGCAUGUACUGGAGGAGUUAAAGGCUGCUCGUUCUUCUAAUCGAACUAAUUUUGCAAUCACUUAUCCGAUUACUCACUUAAAGGAUGGCAGGGAAGUGUAUAACGGGCAUCAGCUUGGUGGGGUUACUGUGCACAGCAAAGACCGCGUGAAGUCUGCAGAAGCCAUUCAGCUCACCUACUACUUGCAGGCAAUCAACUCCUUGAAUGACAUGGUGGCAGAGAAGUGGGAAUCCAUUUUUUGUGACACUGUUGAACUUUUCCAGAAAUCCAACAGGAAAGUCAAAAUGUAUCCUUUCACUUCUUCUUCGCUGAAGGAGGAUUUCCAGAAGACGAGCAGGGUGUCAGAACGCUACCUGAUCACAAGCUUGGUCCUUGUGGUCACCUUGGCCAUUCUCUGCUGCUCCAUGCAGGAUUGUGUCCGCAGCAAACCCUGGCUUGGCCUCCUGGGAUUGCUGACUGUGACCCUUGCCACCCUGACUGCAGCUGGGAUCAUCAAUCUCACUGGUGGGAAAUACAAUUCCACCUUCCUGGGAAUCCCCUUCGUGAUGUUAGGUCAUGGGUUAUAUGGGACUUUUGAAAUGUUGUCCUCCUGGAGAAAAACUAGAGAAGAUCAACACGUUAAAGAGAGGACUGCAGCUGUAUUUGCAGACUCCAUGCUCUCGUUUUCUCUCACCACUGCCAUGUACCUGGUCACUUUUGGAAUAGGUGCCAGUCCCUUCACUAACAUUGAAGCAGCCAGGAUUUUCUGCUGCAAUUCCUGUAUUGCAAUUUUCUUCAACUACCUCUAUGUACUCUCCUUUUAUGGUUCCAGCCUGGUGUUUACUGGCUACAUUGAAAACAACUACCAGCAUAGUAUCUUCUGCAGAAAGGUACCAAAGCCAGAGGUAUUGCAAGAGAAGCCUGCAUGGUAUAGGUUUCUUCUGACAGCCAAAUUCAGCGAGGACACGGCGGAUUCAGAGGAAACGAACACUUACGAGAGUCAUCUUUUAGUUUGGUUCCUGAAACGCUAUUAUUGUGACUGGAUAACAAACACUUAUGUCAAGCCUUUUGUAGUUCUCUUUUACCUUGUUUAUAUUUCCUUUGCCUUAAUGGGCUACCUGCAGGUCAGUGAAGGGUCGGACCUGAGCAACAUCGUAGCGACCGCCACACGGACCAUUGAGUAUACAACUGCCCAGCAGAAGUAUUUCAGUAACUACAGCCCGGUGAUUGGCUUCUACAUCUACGAGUCGAUCGAGUACUGGAACACCAGUGUCCAGGAGGAUGUGCUGGAGUAUACCAAGGGCUUUGUGAGGAUAUCUUGGUUUGAAAGCUACUUAAAUUACCUUAGGAAACUCAACAUAUCUACUGGAUUACCCAAGAAGAACUUCACUGAUAUGUUGAGGAACUCCUUCCUGAAGGCCCCUCAGUUUGCCCAUUUUUCAGAGGAUAUAAUAUUUUCCAAGAAAUACAACAAUGAAGUUGAUGUCGUGGCCUCCAGGAUGUUCUUGGUGGCCAAGACAAUGGAAACCAAGAGAGAAGAACUUUAUGACCUCCUGGAGACCCUGAGGAAGCUCUCUCUCACCUCCAAGGUGAAAUUCAUCGUUUUCAAUCCAUCAUUUGUGUACAUGGAUCGUUAUGCCUCUUCAGUGGGAGCCCCCUUACAAAACUCCUGCAUUAGUGCUUUAUUUUUGCUCUUCUUCUCUGCAUUCCUGGUGGCAGACUCUCUGAUCAAUGUCUGGCUCACUCUAACUGUUGCCUCGGUUGAGUUUGGAGUUAUAGGCUUUAUGACCUUGUGGAAAGUGGAACUAGAUUGUAUUUCUGUGUUGUGCUUAAUUUACGGAAUUAAUUAUACAAUUGACAACUGUGCUCCACUGUUAUCAACCUUUGUCCUGGGCAAAGAGUUCACAAGAACUAAAUGGGUGAAAAAUGCCCUGGAAGUGCAUGGGGUAGCUAUUUUGCAGAGCUAUCUCUGCUAUAUUGUUGGUCUGAUUCCUCUUGCAGCUGUGCCUUCAAAUCUGACCCGUACACUGUUCAGGUGCUUGUUUUUAAUAGCAUUAGUCACCUUCUUUCACUGCUUUGCCAUUUUACCUGUGAUACUGACUUUCCUGCCACCGUCCAAGAAGAAGAGGAAAGAGAAGAAGAACCCUGAAAACCGUGAGGAAAUAGAGUGUGUUGAAAUGGUGGAUAUGGAUAGCACCCGAGUGGUUGACCAAAUUACAACAGUCUAACUUGUUUGUUUGUUGCUUUUUUACACUAGGUCUUACUCAGAAAAGAAAAAAAAAAAAAGAAAAUAAACCAGUAUUGACUAAAUACCUGGGGAGGGAAGGGGUUUGGAGGUGUUCCCUCCCCCCUCUAAUCCAAAUCCAGGAAUAUUCAAAGUGAUGGGAGAAAUUAAAGAUAAAUUUUUAAAAAGAGCUAGGGGAUUGUACCUUGCUCAGCUCCUAAAACAGCUAUUACAAGAGAAUUUGCACACACAUGGUAAGAGGGGUUGAAUUUUAGACGCAUGAAGUAAGAUCUAAUGAGAGAAGUUGGGUUCCUAAGCAGCCAUCUGCAUCGCCCGUACUGCAGAUACUGCAAUUAUUGUUGCUAAACCCAAUCAGAUUGAAAGGUCAACUGUCAAGGCUGAAGUAGCAGUAAAUGUUCGCUGGAUGUAAAGGCUUUACAAACUUUCUGCAGAGCAAUAACUCAAGUCAGUGAGUCAGCCCUUAUAGGUCUUAGCCAUCACAUUUAAUUUUUCUUUUCUCCCCUAAUCUAAACAUUUAUGCAAGACUGUAUAACAGAUAGCAAACUGUGCUAGGAAAGAAGGCAGUACACAGCAAACAAACGCUUUCCAAACACUUUUAUGUUAUAAAUCACUUAUUUUUUUUUCUAAAAAUAGCAUUAUUUUAAAAUGUAAAUCAUCCCUUGUAACAUUUUUAAUCAUGGUUUUAUAGCUGUUUCUUUUUCAUAUAAAAACAAAACAAAACAAAAAAAAAUCCCAGUGACUCUGUCACUCCAGAAAACAUGUAAUUCUAUUUUAUACAUGUCUCGCUACUAGUUAAACAUGUAACCUGCUUUACCAACUGUAACUUUGUUAGCACUCUACUAACACGUGUGAGUGGAUCUAGCAACAGACAGAAGAUGGUGUACUGAAUAUUUCAGCACCAAAAUCCAUGACACAAACCUCAAAUACUAAACUGUCAUCAAGAAAGUGAAUGUUAGGGCUCUUUCAGUGAGAGCCUAUUUCAGGCCAUUCACUGGUAAUGCACACUAAGAGGAUUAGUGGGUAGUUUUACGUAAUGUAUAACUUAAUCCCUCAAUCUUCCUAGAGUACCUGUAAAGCAAUAGACCUUGCAGCUAUGGGCUCUUCCAAGAAACAGCAUACUGUGAGAGUUAUAUGGAACGAACCGAAGGUUGGGACUGUGGUUUAGCAGCAGCAAGUCUCCAAAGAGCCCAUAUCUAAGGGGCCUAUUGAAAACAUCACAUCUGAGGGAGAAAAAAAAAAAAAAAAAAAAAAGAAGUUAAAAAAAUUACAUUACUGAGUAUUUUUGGAGCUGUGAGUUCUAAAUCAAUAAUUCUGUCAGCAUCUGUGAUGUGGAGUAAUGCAGAUAAAGCAGCCUCUCUUUCCUCUUCCACCCCCUCCACCCUUACGAGCGCCAGGCUCAUUACUGUAAGGUUUUAUCAAUGCAGCUGAACCCCGGUGGGGAUACGUAAGCCAAUUCUGUAGGUUUUGCUGAGAGUAUUCUGCCUAUAUGUUGCCUGCAAAACUCCAGUUGCGGGAAGCUGACUAGUGUAUCAGGUGGUCUCAUGAACAUACGGGCUGUUGCCCUGUCAUGCAAGGUAAAUGUAUUGCAACCGGACUCCUUUUUGCAGCUCGUCCAGAAAAUAAGAGUACUGGAAAAGUUUUCAGCAGCUGGAACGGGGUUUGCCUCAAGGACAGUCUCUGGAGGGCAAAGGGAUAUUGCAGGAGCCCUGGGGCUUGGGCCACUGCGAGCACUGCGGCUCGAGAUGCUGCCUGUGUCAUCCACAUGGCAAUUAGCACAUCCAGGAUGUGCUUCAUUGCGUGAAAGUUCUCUUUAGUAUCCAACCCCAGUGACCCCCAGCUGCCCUAUGCAAAACCCACAAAUGCUGCCUAGUGAAUACUGAUUUUCGAGCAAAGGGAUACUUCUGGGAUUUCCUUUCUAGCAGAAAAUAUGUAACCAGAUAUUUUACCCUGAAGCAAAAUGUUACAUACUGACUAGCAAAACAAGUUGACAGUGCAGCUGGCAACAUUUACUUUCCCCUGGAUAAGUCCGUUCUCUGACCAGAAGGACAGGAAGCUGUGUCCAGGAAUGCACAGGCUCUUUGCUUGAGCAAAACACAUUUGCUGCGGUAGCAACUGGGAAGCUGUAACAACAACUUCAGCCUUGGCAGACAUCAGGCGGAUACCUUGAAGACAGCCAAAUGGAUGUGAAGUGAGGGGAAAGAUCUGUUUCCCCUGUUUUCUUUAGAUUCAGGCUUGGGGUUUUCCAGACAAAAAUAAUUCCUUAAAUAUAGUUUCACUGUAGAUUUUCUGUCAUGGUCGUUAUGUCAUUUAAAUAACAGUGGCCCUGUCUCCUGGCUGUUCGACAGGCAGCUGCAAUAGCUUUUAAACUUCUGAGGGCAUUAGCACAUUAGUUGAGAGUUACAGAGGAUUUGCAAACCACUUCUGGCAGCAGCAAUCUACUGGCUUGUGGGACACCUGGAAAUGGGAGAUGUGUGAAAGGGGUUGUUUGUACACUUUGGAGAGGAAUACAUGGCAAACACUGAUUUUACACCUCUGCUAUCCCCAGUGCUGUCACUUGCAAACACCAAGCGCAAGGAUGGCUGCCAUGAAGCGCUACACAUCUCAUUGAAAUGCAUAGAUAGGAGCACCUUUAAAGAGAUGUCCAAAGACAAGCUUGUAGUUUCACAGAUCUCUCAUUAAAUCUCAGCAUGUGAGGCCUUCAGAGAUCUUCAAGGAAGGUGAUAAAAACGGUGAUAAAAUUGCUCCUGUAUCUCCAAACCUGUCAGAAAAGGGAUGUGGAGACACUCCUGUGGCAAAGUGCCACAGGACGUGCUUGGGUGCCCACAGAAGGCAGGGUGAGAAGUUCUGCAGCCCACCCCCUUGCCCUAAGGCAGAGCCAACAACAUUAAAUCAUUUCUGAAACAUGUUUGUCCAGCCCCUCCUUAAAAAUAUUUUUAAGGGCAGAUUCCUCCCCUAGCAGUUCCCCACCAGUGCUGUGUUACCCCACCAGCAACUGGUGACUCCUGCUGGCUGCCCGGGACUGGGAGGGCCAGUUGCCGCACAGGGAAGGAUGGGCCAGGCAAGAAACAGUCUCUAAAGGCUCCCCAUGCCCUCAGAAGUCUGAAACAGAGCCAAAACUAAUUUAUGUACAUGUCUCACAGUGUUUCACCUGAAGCCGCCGCUCCUCUCCCCACUUCCAGACUAACGUAAAGCCAUGGAAAUGUCCAAGGUGGACUCAGCCCAGAUCCAUGAGAUUUCUGCCUGAAUCUUGAUGUGUCUGAGAGAUGCACCAAAUACUCCUUCUCUGCAGGUAGCUUGAAUACCUCAACACGAACCAGAGCAGCAUGUUCUCAAGGUUUCAGACUAUGCUAACCCACUUUGGCCUUCCUCCCCUUUGACUUUUUCCUCUGGAGCAAUUAUCUUCACCAAAGUCAAUUGGUCCUGGCUGCACCAAUUGAUUAAUAGGUGUGGAUGCUGUGCUCUGCUCUCAGUCCAAAGCACUCCCAGUGGCUAACUGUGCAUAAGAUUUUACCCUUAUGGGUGAACCUCUGUUUUGGAAGACUACCUAGGCUUAAGCAGUUUUUUGUCAUACUCUUAAGUGACUUUUUAGCCCAGGUAUCACUGUGGUUUUGUUUGCAAUAUAGAUGACCCAAUUUUUGUAUAAAUCCAGUGAGUAACAGAGUAUUAUACACUGUCAGGCACUGACUAAAAUUUAACAGCAAAAAUUUUGACUAAGACUAACAAGAACAUAUAGGACUGUAGCUCAUUGAGCACAUAUAUCUUCUACAAACAUUAAAAUUUCCAUACGGUAAGGUAUGGUGUACAGUAUAUUUUUACUAUGGGGUAAAGCAUUGGGAAAAAAGAACCAACCUAAGCGCAUAUGAUUGUCAAUAUCAGUCCAGCUUUCUUGUAACAUAAUUCCUAAUGUUGGCUUAGCACAAGUUCAUUUUCAAUUUACAAGUACUCCAAUUGGAGGAAAAAAAUAAAGAGACAAAAGUUGGUAUAGCUGGAAUAACUUCUCUUUAAAAAAUUAAUUGAUGAAACCAGAAUUUUCUGUCCAAAGCUUUAAAUGAAAAUGUUCUGUUUAGAUUAAAAUAAGAGCUGUGAAGGCUGAGAAAAACCUGUCUGGCAAAGAACAAGAGUUUCUUUUCCAAAGACAAGCAAACACAUAUAUCACAGUCAACUGCAUGAACCUGGAGAGAAAACAGCACCAAAGUGGCCUGAGGUUACAUUGGCCAUGUGAGGAUUCGCAUCUGCUCUCAGAAGCUUUCUGAGCCAGCGCUGAAUUCAGGUAAUACGUAUACUGUAAAUUGAAAGGUGUACUUUUAAAUGCUUUUCUCUAGGCCGGCUGUCCUCCUAUGAGCCACCAAAUCCCACCUAAACCAAGACAAAAGAAAGUGGUGGCAUGACUAGGCAAAGUUCAGGAGAGUCGCAAGAAAAAACAUGACUUCUCUUUAGAAUAGUGAGAAAGCCAGAAACAGCUCUUUAGCAAGUGGGUUUUGUGGGACAAGAAGUGGUCGUUUCACAACACAGCAAACUGAUGUUUCUCCUAUUUGGCAACUUCGAAAGUAGAUGGUGUGUUCAAGGAGAUGCGGGACCAGGAAGCAGACUCAACAGGAGUUAGCCAUGGGUUGGCCGGGGACCCCCAAUUACUGUGGGUACUCCUAAAUGAUCAGGAACUGGCGGCAGGAUGGGAGCACAGGAGGGGCAGAGGCAGCUCUGCUGUGGGGGUAUUGGGGACACCAAACCAGGUGCUGUGGCGGGGACAGUCCCUGUGGCACCAUCCCACAGCCCAGCCCAGCGGCUCCUGGGGACAGGCACAACCAGUCCUCACAUCGUGACACAGCUGCUGGGUUGUGCUGAACCAGGGCAUGAGCCCCGUGAGGAGCCACUUUUUGGAAGGCCCUGAUCAGAAAGGAAUUACCCAGAGCCUUCUCCCCACCUGCCUUCGCGGGUGUUGAAAUCCCAAUCCAUACAAAUAAAAUUGUAUAAUUAGCUACCUAGGGGUGAAGUACUUCUUCCAUGUCUUUAUCCCUACUCUUAUCACUAAAAUGACUUGUCUUUUAUUUUCUUAUCCAUAUUUUGAAAUAACUAAGCCUUCCUGGGGUACACACUGCUCUGAUGAGAAGGGGGUGUGAAGGGGAGGGAGCACCUUCCCCUCCAGAAAAUUGGGCAGCAUCUUCUAUGCACAACCAGGCUCCACACUAUUGCUGCAGAGCAUCUCCAGAGGACCCAGUCCAGGGCAGCGGCUGGGGAAGCUUUAUUUCCCUUCACCCUCUGCCCAGUCUCAUUACAGAAAAGGGAGGAGCUUUAGCUCCAAAUUGUGGUGGAGCUGGGUUCCCAGGGAGCCCUUGUGAAACCCAUCUGCUGCCAGGAAAGUACAAGGCAGAACUGCCCAAGCAUGCCACCACUUGCCCCACUGCUGUGGUCCUGACACAGCUUCCUGCCUGGAGAGAGGGCACCUCAGCAUCACCUUAUGCUGAUUCUCAGCCACGAAUCAGUCUGAUGGAGUUGCCGUUCUGCAAGUCAUCACCUUUUUUUAAUUUGGGAAAAGAAAAAACAAAAGAACAAAGAAUUCUAGGUUGUUGAAGCUCCAAGAAGUCUUAAUCUGUGUGUCAAAUAAAUGGCUUGCAAGAUGUCAGGGGUUUUUGUUUGGGCUUUUUCUAACCUAUUUUUACUAUUUUUGUAUUAAUUUAGGGGAAAAAAAUUGUAUAAUGAUUCUCAAUGUAUAGCAUAAGCCUAAAAUAAAAUGGCUGUCUCUCUCUUUGCUU